UGUCAGACCUGCCAGGACCGCUUCGAGUCUCACGCUCUCCUCAGCCAGCACACCUACGUCGUCCACCAACUCUUCCUCUGCCGCCUAUGCCAUAAGCCGAACCCGUGCACGAAUUGUGGGAAAGUCUUCUCAACAUUCAGCAACCUGCUGAAGCACAUCAGAGUCAUACAUGAGAAUGCCAGAUUCCCAUGCAACCUCUGCAAGCGAGUGUUUGCCUGUAAGGAUGGGCUCAGAAACCACAUGAAUAAAAUACAUGACAAAUUGGAUCACGAGGGCCUCAGAUAUACAUGCCAACGAUGUUCCACUCCUUUCAGAAGCAAGAGUCAACUCAAUGAACAUCACCGAAUCAUUCAUCUAGGUUUAGCCCUGAAGUGCGAGUUAUGUGACAACGAGUUUCACAGCUGGUCAACCCUAAGGGACCACGAGAGGGCCGCCCAUGGCAAGCACGCCCCCAUCAUAUGCGCCAUCUGUGGGAAGAAAUUUAGCAGGUGGGUGAUGUUUUGUAAAUUUGUAUGUUUGUUUGUGUGUGUGUGUUUGUUUGUUCGUUCGUUCGUUCGUUUGCACGUUCGUUUGUUUUUUUAA